AUGGAGAAUCGGCAUCCUGUUCGGUGCAGUGACAACGAAGAGGCUGUGCUAUUCCUACGGAGGAAGCGGCAGGAGAUGGCCGAGACCAAUGACAUCCUUGGCAAUCUCGGCUCCACACUCUCCAUCGCUUACCGCAGCAUCUGCAAUGCGAAAACCCCAAUCAAAACCCUCAAUGACCUGGGUGUGGGGAAGUGGAUUUUGAGGCUCAUGCUGGGGUUCUUCCAAGAAUCUGUCGCGGAAGAGCCUUCCGCUAACCAUGAUGCUCCUUGGGAUAGGAAGAAAGCAAAAGAGCCAAAACGAUACAUUCCACAGAAGAAUUCGGCUGCAUAUGCCUUACUUAUUACACUUUACAGGGCAAUGCAGAAUGGGGCUAGUUAUAUGAACCAGCAAGAAUUGAUUGAUGCCUCAGAGAAGCAAGUGGCCUUUCUCGGACUUCAAUUGCGUGAGUGGCUAGAUAAGAGUAAGCAACCUGAAUCUUUAGGAAGUUCAAGGAACUGGUAUACUGGAUGGAGCUGCAUGAAAACAUUGAUGUCAAGAGGCUUAGUGUUGAAGUCUAGCUGCCCAGCAAAAUUCAUGCUAACUCAAGAAGGAAAAGAAGCUGCACAUGAGUGCCUCAUUAGAUCUGGAAAUCUUCAAUCCAUGUCAGAAUCUAAUAGAUGUCAUUGUAUUUCUGAUGCUCAAAGGUCAUUUGUUGUUAAAUUGACUUCACAACCAGCAACUGCCAGUUGCCAGCAAAAAGUGAUUGACAUUUCAAAUAAGGUUGCAGAUAAGUUACCAGUUUGGCUUUCAUAUGUUAAUCUCCGGGGCAAGCAAGCUGAUCUGUCUGAUCUUAAUGUGGAUUAUGCAAUUCAGAGAAAGCAGAGCAUAUCAACAUUUAUCAGCUCCCCCAUAGUUGAGGUCGGUUCUACAGAUAUUAUGACCACCAUAUCUGCAACUGAUAUGAAAUCCCAGAUUCCUGAUCUUCAUAUGCACAAGCACAAACCACCCGCUAAUGAUGGUAUAAAAGGAAAUGAUAUUCUUGCAAGGCCACCAUAUAACUUUGGCGAGAAAUUUCAGGAUAUGUACGAUGUUAUUUUGAUAUUGGAUGAUCGUGAAAAUUUUGGGUCCCGUUCAAGAAAAGUCAUUGAUAACAUACAGACGCAAUUCAAUAUCCCAGUAGAGGUUAGAUGCUUACCUGUUGGAGAUGGCAUUUGGCUUGCUCGAGGUAGAGGCUGCAACACUGAAUAUGUGCUUGAUUUUAUAGUAGAAAGAAAAAGAGUUGAUGAUUUGUGCAAAUCAAUUUGGGACAACAGAUAUAGAGAUCAGAAGUUGAGAUUACAGGUAUUCCUCUACAAAAUAUUUUGUUACUCUGAUUGAUCAGCUUACAUAAUAUGUUAGAUAACAUAGAUUCCUUGUCCAAAACAUACAUAUUAUGCUUGUCUACAUGUAAGUGCUAGGUUACUUCACACAAAAUAGUACCUCAUGGCAAAUCUUAUUGACCGUUGUAUAUUAAUAACCCCACAAAUACAAAGGGUGCAGCUUGGCUAUAGCACAGUUGAUUGCUAU